AUGAUUCAAAUCAUUCCACAAUUCAUUCUCUACUCCCGAAUUCUUCCAUCAUUCAUCUAUUUACUGGAAUCCACUCUCGGAAUUAUUGGUCCCUAUUUAUAUUUCAGAUUUGUAAAGAAAGAAAAACUCUCUCGAUUUUUUUACAUUUUUGUUGGUUUACAUUCGAUCUUUGUCAAUGUGUACUUUAAUAUAAUUGCAGCAUUUCCAAUCUUACCAUUUGUUGUGCAUUUGUAUUUGAAUGCAUGUUUGUAUAUUCAUAUUUAUGUUCAAACUUUUUGGAGAGAGUUGAAACCCAAGUGGUAUUUGUAUGGAAUUUGUUUACCUGGAUUUUGGUAUAUGGGAUGGGCCACACUUGGCUCUUUUCUCGCUGGACCCUACAUGUUGUUCACAGGAUCACUCUUUCUCGUUGGAGUUCCAGAAUACAUUCUCUACAUUUUUAGAAUAGAUUAUCUCAUCAUGAAUGUGCUCGUUUUUGUCCUAAGUCUCUAUGCAUUCUAUUUGAGCUAUUGUAAUCCUCCCUUUUGUAAAGAACAUGUUCAUUUAGAUCUCACAUCUCACAGAGAAGAUUGUGGAAAUGAUCAAGUGAAAGAAUUACCUUCGAAUACUGUGGUGCAUCAAGAUCAGUCAAAAAUUUUGAGAGUUUUUCAAUUCACAGAUGUUCACUUGGGUCCAUUCAUGUCCAAGCAGAGAUUGUAUUCAUUGUGUGAAAAGGUGGCCAAAGAUUCUAGAAUUGAUUUGGUGAUCAUUACAGGAGAUAUGGAAACGUAUGACACUGAAUUGGAAAUGACUGGAUUGAAAGAAGCACUUUCUCCCUUAAAAGAAAUUUCACACAAAGUGGUUGCAUGUCUUGGAAAUCAUGAUUAUGAAGUCUAUGAUAAGGUUUUAGAAGCUUACUCUGAAAAUAACAUUUCUCUCUUGGAAGAUCAAGAAAUUACAAUACCAAUUUCUAGAUGGUCUGAACUAACGGGUCGAAAGGAAGAAAUUCAAGUCAUUGGAUCUACAUUUUCUUACAAUCACGAAAAACAUGAACAAAUUAUUACACAACUCAGCUCAAAAUUUCCAAGAAAAUCCAUCACCACACCUCGAAUAUUUCUUAUUCAUAAUCCAUCCAUGCUCUCAUGCAUGCCUCUCAAUGAUAGUUGUGACAUUAUAUUCAGUGGACAUUUACAUGGUGGACAAAUUGGAUUGGGACGAUGGACAUUUGUGAAAAUUUUCUACCACCUCCUUAAAAAAUUGAAACGAGAGAAACGGAUCUUUAAGGUCUUUCCUCCAGAUCAAGGUCUUUAUGGUCGUGGCAAGUUGAGAAUCUAUUCUCAUCGAGGAACAGGUCUUUAUGGUUAUCCUUUAAGACUUGGUAUUCCUUCUGAACAAUCUUUGAUCCACUUGUACUUUUAA